AAGGACUACCAACCAAAUUUUCUUUUUCUUUAUUCUUAUUACGGGCUUCUGGCUUUUUUCUCGUCUUAGAACUUGUAAGGGGCUCUUAGCCUCUUAGUAUCAUCAUUCUUCUGUUCUGAACUUCGACGCACCUAAAUUCUUUACCAAGAUUCAAGCCCUUUGUUUUUUGUAUUUGCGUGUUUUCAUUUAAAGCACCAAUUUUGCUUAACUCCAAGGUGAAAAUGUCAGAGAGGAACAAACAGUUUGUUGCCCCUUUACUGCCAAGAAAUCAAGAUGAGGCCGAGUUAGAUAAGUAUGAUGGAGCUUCCUUUCAUGCGUCCGUGUUCAACUUGUCAUGCACCAUUGCUGGUGCUGGAAUUAUGAGCCUGCCGGCGACCUUGAAACUUCUGGGGCUUGUUCCUGGGGUCGCUUUGAUCCUAUGUGCAGCGUUCUUGACUGAGGCGUCUAUAGAAAUGUUGUUGAGGUUCAGCAAGCCAGGGUCUGCAUUUUCAUAUGGAGAUGUGAUGGGGGAUGCCUUUGGGGUGAUGGGGAAAAUGCUGCUUCAGACCACUAUAGUCAUCAACAACAUUGGUGGUGUCAUCUUGUACUUGAUUAUAAUCGAGGAUCUGCUUUCUGGAGCGACCUCAAGUGGGGUUCACCAUGAAGGUGUUUUGGAAGAGUGGUUUGGAGAGCAUUGGUGGACAGGGCGUGCAUUUGUUCUCAUAGUACUAACUGUAACUGUUUUUAUCCCAUUGAUGUGCUUAAAGCGCAUCGAAUCAUUGAGACAUACCUCUGCUAUAUCAAUUGCACUGGCUGUUGUGUUUCUUCUUGUUGUCAUUGGGAUCACGGCUUACAAAUUAGCCAAAGGAAGCAUAGAGACACCCAGAUGGUUUCCUAUCGUCACUGAUUUGACAGCCUUUUGCAAUCUGUUUACUGCUGUCCCUCCCGUUGUUUGCGCAUAUGUCUGCCACUUCAAUGUUCACACCAUAGAAAACGAGCUUGAAAAGCCUUCGAGGAUGCAAGUAGUAGUCCGAACUUCACUUGCUCUUUGCGCAGUAGUGUACCUAAUGACAGGCUCCUUUGGCUUCCUCUUGUUUGGAGACUCAACUCUUCCUGACGUACUCUCCAACUUUGACUCCAAUCUUGGCAUCCCAUUUGGCACUCUGAUCAAUGAUAUUGUUCGUGUUAGCUAUGCCUGCCACAUUGUACUUAUCUUCCCAAUCAUCUUCUAUCCACUGCGUCUAAACUUGGAUGGCCUCCUUUUUCCUUCAGCAAGGCCUUUGGCUUCAGACAACUUAAGAUUUGCAUUGAUCAGCGCGGGGCUCACUGUCAUUGUCCUCUUGGGUGCAAUCUUCAUUCCCAACAUAUGGGUGGCUUUCCAAUUCAGUGGAGCAACUGUUGGAGUUCUUCUUGGAUUCAUCUUUCCUGCUUCUAUUACUCUCAAGGACUCUCAUGGCAUUGCAACAAAGACAGACAAAAGUUUAUCUAUUUUCAUGAUCAUUCUUGCGGUGUUCACUAAUGUGGUGGCGAUAUACAGCAAUGCAAAUUCUUUGUGAUUUUUCUGCUUGCACUAAAUAACGAAGCUCGACAAAAGACUGGCUUGGUUGAUUGUGCUAAAGCAAUAGAUAAAGCUGGCAACUAUACCUUUGAUGUUCUGGGGAUUCACAUGAGGACUACCCUACAAUACAUAAACCAUUAUUUUAGCUUGUAUUGAUUAUUGCAAAUUGUAUCUAAAAGAUAUGUUCAUUAUUUAUUUUAUCUUUAGAAUAUUAAUUAAAUUUAUCAUUUUCUAUUA